AUGGGCGAAAAGGAAGACAAAGAGAAGGCCGAGAAACUGGCUGCAGCGAAGAAGAGGGUAGCCCAAUUGCAGAAGAAGAAGAAGGCCGCGGCUGCAGGCACAGGAGAGAAAUCGACGACAGCUGCAAAAGAUCCUUCAAAAAAGGGGGACGAGCGUGUCGGGGAUGGGACGGAAGGGGAAGUCGAUGCCGAUGCCCAAGAGAAGGCCACAACCAAGGAAGAGGACGCUUUCGACGCCGAGGCAACUCCGGCUGCUGCAGAGGAACAAGAGGGCGGCAAAGGGGUUGCCAGCCUCGCAGACGCAGAGGCAGAUGCAGACCAAGAAGCCUUCACGGCUGCAAUCGAAGCAGCGACUGCCAAUACUCCCACCCCGGAAACGGUCGUUUCUCCCGUAACGGUCUCACCCCCCUCUGCCGAUCAAGACCAGCUCUCGUCCGCUAAGGGGGCCAGUGCUCGGCAUGGUGCCCGCCAGCCGAGCAUCAGCCUGCAAAGCAAAAUCCGGAGCACCAGUUUCCGGGAUAGCGGACCGUUAAGUCCCGCUCUGAUGACGGGAAAUUCCUUAUUGAAGGUUGAAGAGCUAGAGAGGGAGAAUAAACGGCUGACGAAGGAAGCAGAAGCCCACGAGAGAAGGUGGCGUAAACUAGAAGAAGAGUUGGAGGAGGUGCGGGAGGAGAAUGCUGAGAAGCAUGCAAAUGGAGAGACCGAUGAGGAGAUACGGCGGUUGAGAGCUGAAAUCGAGGCUCUUAGGCGACGAGCCAGUUUAACAACUACUACACUCAGCAGGAGGGAAAGUGCUGCGGGGGAGGAUGUGGCCAUGUUACAGACCGAACUGGAGAGGAAAGAUUCCACCAUUGCGGAUAUGCAACUCGAGAUUUCGAGACUUAGGGGCCAACUAUCGAGUCAGACGCAAGGAUGCGAGGCGCACGGGGAGCAAAUUGCUGGGCUGCAGUCGUCAUUAUCGUCGACAGAAGCAAAAUUGAAGGCAUUGGAGAGUGAUUUAUCAGAUGCGAAGAAGGCGUUGUCCAAGGCAAGUGAGAAGGCUGUGGUGGAUUCGACGGAGCGCACGAGCAAGGAGAUGAAAAUUCGGGCUUUGGAAAGAGAAUUGCAAGAAACUGCUGCCCACAGGGACGAGGUCGUCAAGAAAGCCGAACAGCUGGAGAAGAAGAUCGAAGUGAUGAAUAAGCUUCACCGUGAGGCUGAAGCAAGGCAUGCGACCAAGUUGGCCACGGCCGAAGCCACCGCCCGAGAACUCCCAGCCCUGCGCAUGAAGCUCGAAAAGUCCGAGAGUGAAAUUGCCCAAUUACGAGAAAAGCAUAAGCGGGUGAUGAGCGGCGACGGAGGAGGAGACGGUUUGGAUGAGCUGGAAGACGAAGAAAGGCAGAAACUCGAAAGAAGAAUCCGGGAAUUGGAAGGCCAAGUUUUUGAUCUCCAGCGCGGCGUGUGGAGAGAUAAGAGAGUGCAGAUGCAGCCUCGUGGAGAUGAUGUCGGAUCGCGAACUUCGUUAGACCCAGGCGCCGAGGACUUCGACGAGGUGGAUCUUUCAGGCACCGGAAACGCCAGCAGUCGACGAAGGAGCUUUGCGAAUCAGCAGCAGCAGACUCGUCACUCCAACUUUGCUCAGGUGCUGAAUUCGGGCCUUGCUGCAUUCCGCGCGAGCACCACCUCUCCCGUCGGCCAGCAGACUCGGCCACGGAACGAUUCUCUGCUCCAGGAAUUCGAUGACGACGAUGGCUUUGACGAGCACGCUUUUGCCCGUGCACAGAAGGAGGAGGAGGCCAGGAAAAUGGUAGAACAUGUGAGGGAAGUCAAAAGGGGGUUGAAGCAGUGGGUCGGUUGGCGGCUGGAUCUGGUCGAGGCGAGACGGGCGGGUGUAGGGGUGGGAUAUGGCGAGAUUUUUGAACUAUGA